AGGAGCUGGGGCAGAAAUCCAAACAACUCUGGGGCAGCCAGAUUAGGAAGCAGGCGCCAUUGGGUCAACCUCUCCAAAGACCAAAGAAAACACUUUUGCCCAUUAAAUGUUCUGCUAGUUAAGUCUCCUGUCUCUGGGCAGGUUGGCCUCCGGAGGAGACAUUCCCAGGGCCUUCUACUCAGAAAACCAGUGAGGAGGGGGAAGCAAAAUGUGAAAAAGGAAGAAAGCCUGUGGCAUCACUGGCUUCCAUGCCAUAGGACUGUGAUGGCAAACCAAUGGCACAUGUGUCCUCUCUAACACGCAAAACACCCAGUGCCAGAACAUGUUUAAGUUUGGGCACUUGGUCUCUAAAAGGUUUGCCAACACUGCCAUAGGAUGAUAAAUCCUAGGUCAGCCCUGUCUUCUGAGGAAAUCUUUCCCAGCCUCAUCAACCAAGCCUAAAAGAAGUUACAUUUCUCUGCUGGCCCUCCUUGUGCUUCUACUACAUCAACCCUGGCUGAUGGUGAGGAAUGCUUCAAGUUACAGUCCCUAUCAUCCAGAAGGCCUCACAAUUCUCAGCCCGUCUCUUCUAGGAGUAUCUGUUGGCUGUGAGUUUGCAGAGGCUGAGACUAGAGGGACAGGAACUGGAGGGAAAGAUAUAAUCUGCAAAGACCAGAAAAAGAAGUGUCUCAUUAUCCAUCCUAAGCAACUUAUUAAACUUCCUGCCAGUUCAGCAACUGAACUAUGCUGAGGACAAAGGGGAAAAUUGGAAGGAGGAGAGAAAAACUGAGACAUUUUAAAAGCAGCUGAAAAAGUGGGAUGGUAAAAGUUUAAUCAGGAUUAUUGCUGCCAAACUGGGACAGUUGAAGGAUCUAGGGUGACACCCGUCGUUGCCCUUCCAAAAUGCCCUUGAAACCUCUCAGUUUCCUUUUCAUUUAAAAACAAAAGCAAUCCAUUCACCUGCAACCCAAAACCCACGUACAAAAGAUUUCAGCUCAUUAAAGCAGACCUCUGCGGAGGAGAAGGUUGCGUCAGCAAAAUUAAUCUUGUUUAUUCCAGUUUCGGAACAGUGGGUUUUUGAAAGGACAGGAUUUCAGACUCACCUGUCCUGCACCCUUUUUGCACAAUCAUCAUCCAGGAGCAUGCAAGGGAAAGAGGGAAAAGCCAUGCACAGAGAGAGACCUGAAAUUCUGGAGGUUGCGCAUGAUCUCUCUGCACAAGAUCUGCGGGUUUUAUUAUCAUUACCUCUCUGCACAUCAUCUGUGGAUUUGGAGCAUGCAAAGGGGACCUUCUGUUUCCAUGGGAAAUUGGGCAUGGAAUACUCUUCAACCAUAAGGAAAUAAAGUCCCUAAUUCUUAUGAUUGCAACUGAUAUAUAAAUAAGUAAUUUCCCUUAAGAAGCUUGGCUCCGUUCUGUCCCAUGUAGAACCUGGUUGAGCUCUGUAAUUACUCCUUUCCAAAGAACAGUUGUCCUUCCCACCCAUGGCGUGAGCUCUUCUUGGGCUCCAUUGGUAACAAGUCUAACUGGUUUGGAGGCCUCCAGGGGAAGGCUAUAUCGGGCACAGGACAUAAGCAAGAAGAUAGUGAGCAAACCACUGAAGCAGGGGCAGCAAGACACCCUUUCUCCUGCUGGAAAGAUUUUGACAAGGCAGAAUUUGGGAUGAAGCAACCUGGCAUGUGAGACCCGUCGUAACCCUCUACACACACAUUGGGGCAGAAGCGUUGUGGGACCAGGUGAGUGGCCACCACACUCCAGAGCAUCAUGCCAGUGGAGACACUCCAAGCUAGCCAUACCAUGAAAGGGAUUUCGGCUCCCAUGGCACCUUUCACUUCGGCCAUGCCCUUCCGAAUCCUGAACAAGGGCCCCGAAUAUUUCCGUCGGCAGGCAGCCAGCGUUCCAGUUGCCACCAAGAAGCUCAGCGCUGUGGAAAGGCUGGAGGCCGACAAGGCCAAGUAUGUCAAGAGCCAGCAAGUGGCCAGCACCAAGCAGGAACCAGUGAGGCCUCUGUUACUCAAACAGCCGCUCUUCAUGCCAGGGGUGAGGAGGGUGAUGCUGACCCCUAGCCGGAAAACCCCGCAAGCUGGGCGCCGGCCGGACCUGUGCGGGGCCAAGACCUCCCUCAACUUAGAAAUCCUCAACAAUUUGAUCAACUUUUGCGACAGUCCCCUCUCUCCGUUCCCCAAACCGGAGAAGAGCCCGCUGGAGCCCAAGUGUUUCCCGGGCACCCCCCGGAAGAAGGGGACCCCUACGGAAGGCAUGAGUAAGUUGUCGCAAAGUUCGGCCUCCUCUUCCUCCAAGCCCCCCAGCACUGUCGCCGUGCGCAGGGUGGAUGUCCGGCCCUGUGGGGCAAUGAGAGCCAGAGUCACCCCAACUAUUCAGCUGACUCCUGUCCCCACCUCGCCGGCCCAAGCCCGGAUCCUGUCCGCAAGUCCUCUGAACUCCCCAAACCCUUGCGGCGAGCUGCGGCCGGAGAGCGCCAAGCGUCAGACCUGCUUGCACCGAUCCAAAUCAGACCUGAGCGACCGGUAUUCACGGGCCACAGCUGACCUGGAGCGUUUCUUCAAUUACUGCGGCUUGGAUCCUGAGGACGUGGGGGACAUGGAAGUGGAGCGUUUCACCCGGGCCAGUUCGGACAUUGUGUCCGUCAAGUUCCACAGUGUCAGCACGGCCAGCUCGGAGGGGACCCGUUCCCGGCGUAGUGCCAUCACCUUAGAGGAGCGGCAGGCCGAGCGCAUGCCCUAUGGCAUCUCCAUCAUCGAGCGCAACGCCCGAGUCAUCAAGUGGUUGUAUGGACUACGGCAAGCCAGAGAGUCCCAGAAGGUAUCCAACGUAUAGCCAGCCAAAGGAGGAUAAAUGGAAAGAAAGCAAUGUGUUCCCAAUGGUUUUCUGUGUAUGUUUUGCUAUUGACAGUGGUGGGGAAGGUUUUGCAGCUGUUGCAUGGUUUUUUUUUUUAUGGGGGGGGGGGUCCCUUUGGGGAAGCAUUGUCUGUGUGUGUGUUUGUGUGUGUGCAGUAAUUCUGAUCAGGGAUCAUUCUUCUACCUGGUCCUUGUCAGGUAGGUUAGAAAAAAUCCUUCUGCAAAAAGAGAAGGUGAUUUGAGCAUCUUCUUGAAUUAACAUUCAACACUUGAAGAACAAAGCAUGGCCCUCCAGAGGUUGUUGGACUAAAAUUCCCAACAGCCCUAGCUAUCAUAGCUGUUGAUGGAUGCUGAGAGCUGCAGUCCCAACUACAUCUGGAGGUUGGCAUUUCCAUCCUAAGUGGGCCACCAGUACGUAUAAAAUGGAAAAGGUGGUUUAGAAUUUAUUCCCUCUUUAACAUUCCCCCACCACUGCGAGAUGUGUCUAGUUACAUGUCCCAUCAUCCCCAGACAGCAUGGGUGCCUGGAGAUAAUAGGUGUUGGUAUUGGACAGAUCUAGAGAGUUUGCAUCAUGGCUCAAGUGUGCAAGAAGGCAGCUAUCAAAACAUGUGAACAUUGCAGAGCCACUCUGGCAGAGAAACCCUGAAGGAAUUAGGGGGAUUCUUAUGAGGAAUGACUGAGGGAGCAGAAUAUGUUUAGCUUGGUGAGAGGUGACAUGACAACUGUCCUUAAAUAUCUGAAGGGAUUUCAUGUAGAAAAGGAGCAAACUUGUUUUCUACUGCUCCAGAGACUAGGACACAGAGCAAUGGAUUCAAACUACAGGAAAAGAGAUUCCACCUAAAUAUUAGGAUAAAAUUCUUUGCUGUUUAACAGUGGAAUGGACUGCCUCAGAGGAUGAUGGACUCUUCAUCUUUGCAGGUGCAUAAACAAAGGUUGGAUGGGCAUCUUUGAGGAGUGCUUUAGUUGUGUAUUGCUAUAUGGCGGGGUUGGACUUGGUGGCCUUUGUGGUCCCUUCCUCUAGCAUUCUGUUCCCAACAGUCCCUGGAUCCGAAAUGCUGUCCAAACCGUUAACCUGUUUGCAUGCUUUGCUCUGGGAACCUGCCCUUUGAAUGGCAGGCUGAAGGAUUAGCAAAGGCAACAACUGGGUUGGGUAACAAUGGGAAAUCUUAGGGGGAAGAGAGUUGUAGAAAUCAGACACAUUGUGAGGCAGGCACUGGAAUGCAAGCUGCUUUUUGUCUGGAAUACCUCCAGGGCUUGGCAUCCAGCAAAGAACCAGGUGGACUCACCCACCAAGAGUGGCAUCUUGUAGCAGGGCGGUUUUCCAAGAGGAGCAGAUCCAGGCAGGCCAACAAAAUCUGACCCUAAAGUGACAGGUGCAUUGCAAACUGAACACAAAGGUAGAAUUCAAAGAUACAGCCAUGUUAGUCUGUAGAAUCAGUAUGUAGAGAGAUCUUAGUCUGCAGAAUCAGUACGUAGAGAGAGCAUUUAGAUUCACCUGAGGAAGUAGAACUGAAGUCUACAAAAGCUCAUGCUGCCAAUUGCUUUCUUUCAGUUAGUCUCAAAGGUGCUACAAGAUCUCUCUACAUACUGAACACAAAGGGUACCAAGAUCAACCCUCAAGAGUGCAGUGGCCAUGUGAUAGAUAGAUACAUAGAUAAAUUAUUUUACAAGCAGCUGUAGUUUCCCACAUUUGGAGACCAGGGUGGCCAUCCAUCCAUGUGUCGUACCCCCCAACAUUGCCAUCACCCACCUAGCCCAUCGUCUUUCCCUCACCUCUUGCAAAAACUCCUUAUUUCCAAGAGAUUUUGGUGCCAGGCCUAUUGAGGGGAAUCCUCCAUCACACAACUGCUCUUGUGACCUGCUCCUGAACAUCUGUUUUAUAACUUUAGAAACAUUACCUUUUGGGGACUACACUUCCCAGAAUCCUCCAGCCAGCUGGCUGG